UAUAUACAAACACAUUGAUUUGCUGAAUUUAAGUUGCUUGAAUGAAGCAGAGCCGCGCUCUGGAGCGAAAGUUUUUAAACCAUAUGAAGAUAGGAAAAUCCGAGUGCCUUUCGUCGAGAGUGACGCCGAUGAAGAGCUAUUAUUCAAUAUACCUUUCACUGGAAAUAUUAAACUAAGAGGUGUUAUCAUCGCUGGCGAUGAUUCUGAACAGCACCCCAAAACUGCAGUGCUGUAUAGAAACAAGCCUUUCAUGGCUUUUUCUGACACAGACGGUGCCGGCGAUCAGUUGUUAUCAUUAAAUAUUGACCGAGAUGGUAGUCUGAUCUAUCCACUUAAAAUGUCAAAGUUUUCCAACGUCCAUCAUCUUUCCAUACACAUUAAGGAAAAUUUCGGUUCAGCGAGUACUAGAAUAAAUUAUAUUGGGCUACGUGGGCAGUUCUCUGAUUUUGUUAGGCAGGAGGUUGUCAUUACUACCUAUGAGCUGGCUCCGAAUAUAGCAGACCACAAAACGGAUUUGAUCAAUACGAAUCCUCAUUUUAUAAGCUAG